UUGGCCCUUUUCCUCGCCAGCAUUAGCUUCUCGGGAUUGACAUUGAGCUCAGAGACCAGUCAUGAAAGCCACUGCGGAUACAUUCUCGCAGCGAAAUCAACAGAAAAUACUAUCCGAAGUUCCCGAACUUGUCCAGUGUCCUUGAUUCCCAUCCCUAAAGCGACAUCAACCUUCAUUCCACAGAUCCAAUACCAGUUCAGUCCUGAAACUGAAACUGACCGACUUGAGAGAACUAAAAGGCAACUGGCUGUGAAAAUGGCGUUUAAACAUAGCUGGAAUGGGUACAAGACCCAUGCCUGGUUGUGGGACGAACUAUCACCAAUCAGUGCAGGCCAUCAAAGCCCCCUUGGGGGCUGGGCAGCAACUUUGAUCGACUCCUUGGAUACACUAAUCAUAAUGGAUUUACACGAAGAAUUUGAUGUUUGUCUCCAGGCUCUCCAUGACAUCGAUUUUUCCACCUCGAGAUUUCCAAUUGUUAAUGUCUUCGAGACCACAAUCCGACACCUCGGGGGUUUGAUCAGUGCGUAUGAUUUAACCAAAGGAAAGGAUUAUAUUCUCUUGGAGAAGGCCCUGGAAUUGGCCGAGUUUUUGUAUGAGGCGUUUGAUACCCCAAACAGGAUGCCACAAAUGCGAUGGCAAUGGAUAAGGACUAUAUUUGGGUCUUCAACACUGCCCAGUAAAAGUACCCUCCUGGCUGAAAUAGGUUCUUUGAGUCUAGAGUUCACUCGUCUUUCGCAAGUAACGGGCGAUCCCAAAUAUUUCAAUGCCGUUCAGAGAAUUACAGAAGUCCUACACUGCACACAAAACCAGACUAGAUUGCCAGGUCUGUGGCCACUCUCAUUUGACGCCCAAGCAUUGCAGUUCUCAGGCAGCUACUUCACAGUGGGUGGUAUGGCUGACUCCACCUACGAAUACCUCGUCAAAGAGUAUUUGCUUCUUGGAGGCCAAUCAGAGCAAUAUCGUGAUAUGUAUAUCUCUGCAAUGGAAGCGAUUAAAAAGAAUCUACUCUUCCGUGGCAUGGACAGGCAUAGGCAAGAUAUAUUAUUCGCUGGAAAUAUCCGAUUCGAUACAAAAUCUGGCGAAGAGAUCUUUGAGUAUCAAACGGAGCAUCUGAAGUGCUUUCUCGGAGGUAUGGUAGGACUUGGUUCCCGGGCCUUCGGUCGCCCAGAUGACUUGUCUAUUGCUCAAAAGCUGGUAAAUGGAUGUAUCUGGGCAUAUGAUCUCAUGCCCACUGGAAUCAUGCCUGAAACCUUGCAUAUAAGUGGCUGCAGAAAGUCAGACAGUUGUGAAUGGGAGGAAGAAAAGUGGUUUCGUGACAUUCUUGGUUGGCCGGAUGGAACGGAAUUGCCUACGAAUCUACGUGAGGCCACACGACUGAUUAUUCAAAAUAAUGGGUUGCAGCCACCAAUACUGGAAGUCGCAGAUCCAAAGUAUCGUCUGAGGCCCGAGGCAAUUGAGUCCAUUUUCAUUCUGUACAGAAUUACCGGCGACAAGUCAUUACAAAGCGCCGCAUGGCGAAUGUUUCAAAACAUUGAGCAGUACACCAAAGUUAAGUACGGCUAUGCUGCGCUCAAAGAUACCCGUGACACCCGAGCAACAAAACUGGAUGCCAUGGAAAGCUUCUGGCUUGCAGAAACACUAAAAUACUUUUAUCUCAUUUUCUCUGAUCCGGAGAUUAUUAGCUUGGAUGAGUAUGUCCUCAACACCGAAGGGCACCCAUUCAAGUAUAUACAUGUCUCUCCCACAGUUUAG